AUGUCAAUAAAAUGGCGUGAUACAGUAUACCAUUCGUCGUUUACAAAUUGGAUAGUGAUCGGAAGUUUACUUUUUGGUGGAUGUUGCAGAUUAUUUCAUCAUCUUGAAUUUUCCCCAUCAUCACCGAUUCCACAUUUAAAAAAACGUACUGUACCAGCACGCAGAUGGUUUGUUAUGGUAAUUCUCUUUUUUACCGUAUCGGUGUUAAAUAACAUUGCGUUAGGAUAUAGAAUUUCUGUCCCCUUGCACAUUAUAUUUCGUAGUGGAGGGUUAAUUGUUAGUAUGAUAUUAGGUUGGGCUGUAGCUAAAAAAAGGUAUUCAUUGAAGCAAGUAAUAUCAGUAGUGAUGGUCACGUUAGGAGUUGCCUGUGCAACGAUAAGUUCAGCCAACCUAAACCAAAAGGAGGAUAUAAAUAACGCCAGGAGUACGUCGGAUUAUGUGUUCGGUAUCAGCCUUCUCUCUAUUGCUUUAAUACUAUCCUGUUUUAUGGGUCUUUAUCAAGAAUUCACUUAUGUAAAAUAUGGAAGUAAUUGGCGAGAAGGUUUAUUUUACACCCAUUUUCUAGCGCUUCCACUUUUCUUGAUAUUUUAUUCAGACAUGAAAGAGCAAGUUCAAGGAUUCAAUCAAUCCAAACCAAUAUCCCUUGAAAAAGCACUUUUCAUGCUACCUGCGAAUAUUUAUAUACCAAAUAGUAUUAGUCAAGUAUUAAAAGGUUGUGUUCUUCCAAGGACUUGGACAUAUCUUAUUAUGAACGUACUAACUCAAUAUGUUUGUGUUUCAGGUGUACAUAGAUUAAAUUCAAUAGCAACAGCAUUAACUUUAAAUUUGGUAUUGAACUUACGUAAAUUCACUUCAUUAGUGAUCUCGGUUUGGUACUUUGAUAAUGAGUUUCAUAUUGGAAUGGUUAUUGGUGGUGUUUUAGUAUUUUCUGGUACUCUGUUGUAUUCUUUAGGAAGCAACAGAAGCACUUCAAGCAUGUUGAAAGAAAAGAAUAUUGUUAAUCCGCCAAAUAUUAAUGACGGUGUGAAGGAAAAUA